AUGAAUAAAGACAUUGAAAUAUUAAAGAAUAAACCAUCAAUAGAUGAAUUGAAUGAUAUACUACAAAGAAACUACAAAAAUCCAUCAUUUGUAUACAUUAAUACAUUAUUAGAUUAUAAUGUAAUUGAUUUCUAUCCAAAUUUAGAAAUUUUCAUUCGUUCAUUUCAAUCAUUAAUUGGGUUGGGUAACUUAUUAAAUAAAUUGAAAUUGAAAUCGAAAUUGAAAUCAAACUUAAAUGAACACAUUGAUGUAUAUUUAAAAUUGAUUGAAUUGGUAAUUAACAAUGACUUAUUAUCUAAUUUAUUAAGAGACGCUAAUGAUAUACAAAUUAGAGAGAUUGAGAAAUUAUUAUUUAAAGGUAGGUUAUUAUCAAUUAUUAAUGAAGUUAGUAUAGACUAUCAAAUUGAUAAUAAUCACUUAUUACUGACUUCAAAUUAUAUUCAAUACUUAAUUGAACAAAUUAAAGUUAAUAAUCGUUUUGAUUUCCUAUUUUCAUUAUUCAAAUUCAGUAAUGACGCAACUAUUCAAAUAUUCAAACUGAUAUUUAACAAGAAUGACUGGAUUAAAUUUAUAGACCAAUUUAACAAACUAAAGAAAUUUGAAAAGAAAGACAUGCUUAAGAAAUUAUUCAUAUAUCUUGGAUUAAUCAUCAUCACUCAUUCAAAUAUAGUUUUAUAUUAUAACAUUUUAGAACCAUUUCAAGAUUAUUUGGAUGAGAUAAUCAUAGAACAUAUCAUUUUAAUUAAAAAUGACAAUUUGAGUGUUCUUACAGCUAUGCUUAUCAAAAAUAAAGAGAAACUUAUUCAAUACUUAUUUUCAAAAUGGGCAGAUGAAAAUAUUAUCAAGUCGGAACCAAUAUCAAUUCAAGAAUCUCGUACAUAUAUAUUAACUAAACUAAUUUAUUACGCUAAAGAUACACCAUAUAUACAAAACGUAUCUCGUGAUUCAAUAUUCAUAAAUUCAAUAAGUAGUAGACUUGGUUCAUUUUCAAAUAAUAUUAAAGAUUUAGCCAUAAUUCUUGCUGAUUAUAUAUGUGAAAUAAACAAAACUGAAAAAAUAUUCAAAAUAGAUAAAGAUCGAUAUGCAAAAUAUUUCGAAGCACCACCUCAACCAACAGUAAUACUAAAUCCAUGGGAAAACUUAACUAAUGAAAUUACAGAGGUUAGGGUUGAACAACAAAUAGAACAGCAAAGAAUUUCAAAAGGUAAGGACCUUAACCUCCUAGUUGAUGAACCAACCACAAAAGUUGCCAAUCCAAUAUAUAUUCGAGAUUUAUUAGAAUAUCUAACAAUUGACAAUUCAAAUAAACAUGCAUUUGAAAUAAUUAAAAUUGCAUUGGAAAAAGGUCCCUUAUUACUUUUAAAAAAAUCAUCACAAGGUACAGAAGUUGAAUUUUAUUCUGAAGAUUUAUUAACUUGUAUCAUUGGCAUGGAUAAUUCAUUUAAUAUUGAAAAUUUUGAAAGUUUAAAAUUGAAAUUUAUGAUUGCAAUAAUUAUUUCAAAUUAUAAAGUGACAAAGUUUUUAUUUACAUUGUUGGCUGAUGCAGAUUAUUCAAUUAGUCAACGAAUGUUAAUCUUAUCUGCUACUUCUUUAUCAGCAAGAGAAUUACGAGGAAUAAAAGAUGAGAUAAUUUCCAACUCAUUCACUGAUUUUCCAACUAAGAAAUUACCUGAUAAGUUACAUAAUUUAUAUUUAGAAUUACAAAAUGAUUUAAUGGAGAGUAAAUCAAUAGAAGCACAAGAUAGACUAAUACCACAGGGAAAGUUAUUACGAAUGUCUCAAAAAUUAAAAAAACGGGAGACUAUAGAUAGGCCAAAGAUUAAAAACUUUUUUGAAAUUAUUGGUACGUUUUUUUAUUUUCCUUUAAUCAACGUAUUUUAUUCAAAUUCAAGGAUUAGAUCUAUGGGUCAUUAUCAAUCUUUGUUCCUUGCUCAUUAUUUAAAAACAUUGAGUUUGUUAUUACAUUGUGCAUAUCCAAGUUCAAAUCAAUUAACUGACAUGAUUAAAGAAUAUCUAAUACUCGUGAUUCAAAUUAUUAAAAAUAUAAAAAUUGAAGAAGUUCAAGUUAUCGAAAGUAUCAUUACUGGUAUUUUAUUAAUUUUAGACAUUUCGGAUAAUGUUUUAAAUUUCAAUUUCAAUUUCAAUGAAGAAUUAAUAUUUAUAACUAAUUGGUUAUUAUCAAUUUAUGAAUUAAUAAUAGAUGAUAAAGUUAAAUCACUAACUGCUGGAUUAUUAAUUAGAUUAACUGAAUUACAAAAGAAAUAUGAAACAAGUCUGAAUGGGUUGUUGUUUAAUUAA